UCAGAGCCACGCGCCCCGCGCGCGCCCGCGUCGCAAACCUCGCUCCACACGUCUCGUCGUGACCGCUAUAGUAAUUUACUUUGUGAAAACAACAACAACGUCACUAUUAAACCACUACAAAAAUUACCGACCACCUUACUGUUUCGGAAGUGACCACUGUGCCGUAGUAGUAAACAAAAUCACGAUCGAGAUAAUUGCGCGAAUGCCACGGUCCUCAGCCUACGCAGCCGGCGCGUCCCCUCCUUCGUUCAUUCAAGGACCAAUCGUUGAACUCAUGCUUCAGCUUUCGCGCGCACGCAGCUUCGCUGAUUUGGAAAUAUGCCCCAAAACAUCGUACCGAUGCCUCGAAUGAGCUGAUAAUCUACCGUGAAUCGAUUGCGACAAUGUCAAUCAAUCAGAACGCCGCAGGCCAAUUUAGUAAACAGAAAUCACAACUAGGCAAACAGGGCCCGGAACCGGUCAACUUUCCACCGCGUUAUCACCCGCCUCCGCCGGCUACAGGUGGCCCCAAACUAGCCACUGCAGACGCGACCGCGAAGGAGUUUAAACCUCCGUUCGCCGGCAAACCGAUCGAUCCCAGCAAAUCACAAUAUCCUCUAGGCAUUCACGGUGGGCCUGGACCCUAUCCUAGUGGCUCUGUGCCAUACACAGUCAAGUAUCCUCAAGGGUAUCCCGUCGGAUAUCAGCUACCACAGGGAGCUAUCCGUGUCCUACGACCUCCCGGGGAGGUAAUUACUAAAGCGAUUGUCCACGAACCCGUGGAGCCUACGGCUCGAGCGAGAAGUGCCGACGACACACAACGAGUGCAACGAAAUCUUGAAGAGGAGCAAAUACACAGAAGGUCAGCUGAUAUGCUUAAGUUCACAAAACGUGUCGAACCCGACGGGCCACGUGCUUCGAACGAUCAGAGAAGACAAAUUCAGUCACUGCUAGAUGAAAUAAAGGCCUUGAAGGAAGCAAAUCGUCGAUUAAGUGAAGAUAAUCAGGAACUUCGCGACUUAUGCUGUUUUCUCGACGAUGACCGACAAAAAGGUCGGAAACUUGCACGCGAGUGGCAACGUUUCGGAAGAUAUACGGCUUCGGUGAUGCGGCAGGAAGUCUCCGCUUAUCAAAGCAAACUUAGAGAGUUGGAUGAUAAGCAACAGGAAUUGAUUCGUGAUAAUUUGGAGUUGAAAGAAUUGUGCUUAUACUUGGACGAAGAGAGAGAACGUAGCACGUGUGUUAACUGUGGCCGUACUGCAGGGAGAGAGAGGGAUGAUGGGGACGGAAGUAGUAGCGGCACUAAUGUAGAUGAAGGGCCGCGUGCGCCUGCGGUGCCCAUUACGCAUCCGCAACUGGGUGAACGUACUGUACAAUAUGUACGAGAUUUGGAGCAGAAGGUUCGAAGACUGGAAGCAGAGAAAGGAGUAGGCAGUGCACUCACUGAGCGUCCGGAGGCUGUAGUGCGAGCGCUGCAGGUUUUAGAAGUGAGGGAGAGAGUAGAACGCGAGCGUAGGAGGCCUGCCCCAGAUUUGGACACAGGGGAGCAGGCGCUUGUGAGGGAGAUGUGCAACGUGGUGUGGGGUAAACUAGAAGAUGCUCCACCGCAAGCGCCACCGCGUUAGACGUGAUAAAAUCACGAGAGAAUUGUAAGAACUCGUGGAAUUGCUAAAUGUGAAAUAAGUGGAAAUUUGUUCAAAAAGGUUUUGAUUGCAAUCCGAGUUCGAGGCCGCCGUAGCGAGCGCAGAACCUCGUGACCUACAACUCGGAAUUAAGCUGACCUUGUUUAUAAAUCGAAUCUAACUGAACUUUGGGUUACUCAUUCAUAAAGACGCUUUUAACUAUGUGAUCUUGCCGUGAAGUGUUACAACAUCAAAGUGAAAAAACGAAACCGUAAAGUACAAAAACUUAGAAGUUAACUUAAGAUGUAGAGUUAAGUUUCAGUUUUUCUGUGCCUGAAAUGCGAAGCUGUAAUGUUGUGCAAAAUUUAUUUAUUUGAGGAAUUAUGUUACUUCGAAAAAGUUAUUUAGUGGAGAGGAAAAAUAUAAAUGUUGUAAUGAGGCUAUUGUGGAAAUUCCCUUGAUAUUUAAAUGAUCUUAUAAGUUAUUAUUCUGGAUGUCUUAUGAAGUGAAAAAUAAUUCUUUGUCGAGCUGGAAUGUUAAUGUUUGCAAAAAAAUCCUUUUCAAAACAAUAUAACUUUAAAAUGACUACACAAAUAUAUUUAAUUACGUUAUUCAUAGAAAAUGUUAUACAAUUUCCUAGUCAGCUAUUUUUCUGAAUAAGCAC